ACCUCUAGGCUCUAACUUAGUGUCUCCCAUCCCAUCCAUACCUAAUCCACAUUCACCCACCUCCAUCUCCUGGGCUUGAACUUGGUCUUGGCUGGUUCCUCCACUCGGGCGAUUCGAUGAUGGAUGCGUUCAAAGUGCGCCACGACCACGCGCCUGCACCGCACCCAUGACCCAUCCACAGAUUGUCUCGGCAGGGAUGCAGAGUCUCUGAUUUUGAUGAUAAUCGUUGCAGCCCCCUAUUCCUCUGUGGCAUAUGUAUAUAUCCAAGCAGACUCUGUCUGCAGCCAGUUUGGAGUGCCAGGGACCCUCGGCCGGGAUGUGGGUUCCUGACGUCGACAGCCGGCCUCAUCAACUUCGUAUCCCAGUAAGGUUCACACAGCGGGGUUAUUCACUUAUACCGUAUAUGAAGAUAGACAGAAGAUGCAAUUAUUGACUCUUACGCGGCGCAAGAAAAAAAAGAGUGGAAAAGGUUUUACCGGGAUCCUUAUCGCCUUAGUUGAAUGUAGCCAAGUUGGCCAAGAAUGGACGCAAGCCCCCUUUUCCUCACUUCCCUCAAUUGUACCGUGCAGCAGAAGUUACAGUGAUACACCCUUUUUUCUUAUUCCCUAUCCCUCCCUAUCCCUAUCCACUCACUUGACUUGGCAUCUCCACGGUGGCCUUUGGUUGAUUGACUGGAUCGAUUUUUUAUCUGGAGCCCUUCGCUUUUCUCGUCUUGUCUUGUCCUGUCCCGCAUAUCGUAUCGUAUCGCUUCGUGUUCUUUUCGAGAUUCGUCAUUCUCUGCUACGCAUUGAAUCACUGUUGAACGACAUUUCGGCCGUUCGUCCACUCUUUUUUUAGAAGCCGUUUAAUCGCUUGCGACCGACCGACCGACUCGACGCCGCAGCCAUGGCUGACCAGAACAAGAAGAACGACGACUUCGUGGCCAAGAUGCCCGAGUCUGCCAACGAGAACAACAUUGGUGAUGGUGACAAGGAGAACGACUCCCUUGUUGGCCGCGGUCCAGGCACUGAUGCCCUCCCCGCGCAGCCUUCAGGCUUCAUGAACAAGAUCGAGAACAGCGGGCCAUUCUCUAUUCUUGCUUACUGUCUGUCUUCUAUUUCCAUGACCGUCGUCAACAAGUAUGUUGUGUCUGGUACAUCAUGGAACCUUACUUUCUUCUACCUCGCUGUUCAGUCCAUUGUCUGUAUUGUUGCCAUCACAGCAUGCAAGCAAUUCGGCAUGAUCAAGUCCCUUGCUCCCCUUGAGAUGGACCGCAUCAAGAAGUGGUACCCAAUUUCGCUCGUCCUUGUUGGUAUGAUCUACACAAGCACCAAGGCUCUGCAGUACCUCUCCGUGCCUGUCUACACCAUCUUCAAGAACUUGACCAUCAUCGCCAUUGCUUAUGGUGAGGUCCUCUGGUUUGGUGGUUCCGUCACACCCAUCGCUCUCUCUUCUUUCGGUCUCAUGGUUCUGAGCUCUGUGGUUGCUGCCUGGGCUGAUAUCAAGAGCGCUAUCUCUGGUGACUACAGCGCUACUACUGGUGAUGCUGAUGCGCUUGCAACUCUGAAUGCCGGUUACUUCUGGAUGGCCAUGAACGUCUUCUGCUCUGCUUCUUAUGUUUUGGGCAUGCGCAAGGUUAUCCACAAGAUGAACUUCAAGGAUUGGGACACCAUGUACUACAACAACCUUCUCACCAUUCCCGUCCUUGUCUUCUUCUCUCUCGUCACUGAGGACUGGUCCAGCGCCAACUUCGCCAAGAACUUCCCCGAGGACUCGCGCAACCGUAUCUUCAUCGGCAUCAUCUACUCUGGUCUGGCCGCUAUCUUCAUUUCUUACUGCUCCGCCUGGUGCAUCCGAGUCACCUCUUCCACCACCUACUCCAUGGUUGGUGCUCUCAACAAGCUGCCCAUCGCCGUCUCUGGUCUCGUCUUCUUCGCUGCUCCCGUUACCGUUGGAAGUGUUUCAGCCAUCUUCAUCGGUUUCGUCUCGGGUAUCGUGUAUGCUUGGGCCAAGGUCAAGGAGAAUGAGGCCAAGAAGAACGCUCUUCCUACAGCUGAGAGCCGAGAGCCAUCAAAGUAAAUUUGACAUGGCACGGCGGUGGCUUGUUAGGGCUGCUGUCACCAUUCUGCAAGGCUCAUUAGCUAAUUAGCCAUUUUUGGUCAAUAUUUCCAUUUAGUCUGGUUAGACCUGAACGACAAUAAUGUACCGUUCCACGGUAUUUGAACGACACAAGUAAUGUAGACAUUUUUUUGUAUAACGUCGGGGGCAAGAGCUCGCUAUCUCGAUGGGGUUUUAGGGUGUCAUUUAAAAGCGUUUAUAGACCUGCUUCAAUACACUGUCUUUUUGCUACUGCAAACAUUAUGUCAACAACAAUGGCGCAGGGCUACCUAGUAGUGAAGACGAAACCGACAGACAACGCUCGAGCCUUCAUGACGUCCAGCAUAAAGGGAACACGGC